AUGCCGUUAGUUCGCUACAGGAAGGUGGUCAUCCUCGGAUACCGUUCUGUAGGGAAGACAUCUUUAGCACAUCAGUUUGUGGAGGGCGAGUUCCUGGAAGACUAUGAUCCUACUGUGGAGAAUACUUACAGCAAGAUAGUGACUGUUGGCAAAGAUGAGUUUCACCUACACCUGGUGGACACAGCAGGGCAGGAUGAGUACAGCAUUCUGCCCUAUUCAUUCAUCAUUGGGGUCCAUGGUUAUGUACUUGUGUAUUCUGUCACCUCUCUGCAUAGCUUCCAAGUCAUUGAGAGUCUGUACCAAAAGCUACAUGAAGGCCACGGGAAAACCCGGUUGCCAGUGGUGCUGGUGGGAAACAAGGCCGAUCUCUCUCCAGACAGGGAGGUCCAGGCUGUUGAGGGGAAGAAGCUGGCAGCAUCCUGGGGUGCAACAUUUAUGGAGUCAUCUGCUCGAAAUAAUCAGCUGACUCAAGGCAUUUUCACCAAAGUCAUCCAGGAGAUUGCCCGGGUGGAGAAUUCAUAUGGGCAAGAGCGCCGCUGCCAUCUCAUCCAGCCGGGGGUCGAGGGGGUGCCGCCGAUCAGAGCCGGCCAGGCCGGGGGCGGGGCAGCUCCCGAGGCCAGAGGGGAAGGGAGGCGAGCGCAGGGCCUGGAGCGGCCGGAGGGGAGCGGGCAGAGGGCUCGCACCGCCCGCCCCUUCCUCUUCCUCGCCCACCUACCCUCCUCCCUUCCCCGGGGGGAGCAGAAGGUGGGGGGCUCGAAGCCGCCGAGGAAGAGUGCUCGGGGUCGAGGAGCCCAGCGCUGGGUGUGUGUCAGGUUCAGCCCCGCGGCCCCGCCGGCUCCGUGUCGCCGUAGCUCGCGCGGCCCCGGGGUGCCGGCCCGAGGGGGAAAGGGGCUCGGCGCUCCUGCGAGGGUCUCACGUUCCAUCCGGGCCCGGCGCGGCGGCGCGGCAUUCCUUCCGGGCUGCUGGGGAGGCGCCUCGACGUUCCAUCUGGAGAGCCUCGACGUUCCGCCCGAGCCCGGCGCGGGCGGCCGGGGCGCUGGCCCGGCCCUAGGACUGAGAGGCCGCCCGGCGACGCGGAUGCGGAGCCCGCUCGCCCAAGAUCAAAGCCACCGGUGCUCUCUUUGUGUCCGCUCGGGAUUCGCCGCCCUGGGGCUGUCCAUGGAAACCUAA